AGUUGCUUCCUUAGCAACUCGUCCAUCUGUUCAUCCAUUGUAGCGUGCGCGUAUUCGGACAUCGUUGGCCAAGUGUGAAAUGUACCUGUUUGUCGCAACCUCGUCGCGAGGCCUGUCGUCGGACAGCGCAGCGGCGUGAAAAUGGCGGUGUGAAGAAAUGGCAGGCCGCAGAUCGACACUAACGAACGCGUCGGACACGCUGCCCGGAUCGGGCGGCGGUGGCGGCGGAGGUGGAAUCGGCAGUGACCCGCUACGCGAACUCUUCGAGGCUUGCAAGACCGGUGAUCUCGCUAAAGUGAAGGCGUUGGUCAAUCCGAAGACGGUCAACGCCCGCGAUACCGCCGGACGCAAGUCCACUCCCCUGCACUUUGCAGCUGGAUAUGGUAGAAAAGACGUUGUAGAAUUUCUUCUAUCCGCUGGUGCAUCAAUUCAAGCACGUGACGAUGGUGGUUUACAUCCAUUGCACAACGCAUGCUCUUUUGGACAUUGCGACGUUGUAAGAUUACUCUUAGAGGCAGGAGCAAGUCCAAAUACGAGAGAUAAUUGGAAUUUUACGCCUUUACAUGAGGCGGCAAUUAAGGGUAAAAUAGACGUAUGUAUUACUCUGCUACAGCACGGAGCAGAUGUAAACAUUAGGAAUACAGAAGGAAAGACUGCAUUAGAAGUAGCGGAUGCCUCUACUAAACCAGUACUAACAGGAGAGUAUAGGAAAGACGAACUCUUAGAAGCUGCUAGAUCCGGAAACGAGGAACGACUAUUGCAACUAUUAAACCCUCUUAAUGUCAAUUGUCACGCCAGUGACGGAAGAAGAUCUACACCUCUGCACUUGGCAGCUGGAUAUAACAGAUCCAGAGUUGUACAGAUUCUUCUCCAGAAUGGCGCAGAUGUGCAUGCCAAGGAUAAAGGGGGUCUUGUACCGCUUCAUAAUGCUUGUUCGUAUGGUCAUUUUGAAGUGACUGAGGCGCUUUUGAAGCACGGUGCUGCUGUGAACGCCAGUGAUCUCUGGACAUUUACUCCGUUGCACGAGGCCGCGAGUAAAUCUAGAGCAGAGGUUUGUUCUUUACUACUGAGCGAAGGCGCAGAUCCAACGCAAUUAAACUGCCAUAGUAAGAGCGCCAUUGACGUAGCACCGACACUCGAAUUGCAAGAAAGACUAGCGUACGAAUAUAAAGGUCACUGCCUCUUGGACGCCUGCAGACAGGCAGAUCUUACUAAACUAAAGAAAUAUCUGUCCCAAGAAAUUGUCAAUUUCAAACAUCCUUACACUGGAGACACACCGAUGCAUUGUGCAGUAGCAUCGCCUUAUCCAAAGAGAAAGCAAGUUAUCGAGGCCUUGAUUCGAAAGAAUGCUGCCAUGAAUGAGAAGAAUAAAGACUUUCUUACACCACUUCAUGUGGCGACCGAUCAUUCGCAUUACGACGCAAUGGACAUAUUACUUCGACAUAAUGCAAAGGUCAACGCGCUGGACGGUUUGGGACAAACCGCACUACAUAGGUGUGCUAGAGAGGAUAAUAUACAAGCUUGCAGAAUACUUUUAUCGUAUAAUGUCGAUCCUUCGAUAGUAUCUCUUCAAGGAUAUACCGCAGCGCAAAUUUCUGCUGAAAAUGUGUUGAAGAUACUGCAAGAUCCGCCGAGUGGGACCGAUGACGUGGAAGCGCAACUAUUGGAAGCAAGCAAAUCGGGUGAUCUCACCGCGGUAGAAAGAAUCUUGCAAGCCAAUCCGCAUGCUGUAAAUUGUCGCGAUUUAGAUGGGAGGCACUCGACUCCGCUGCACUUUGCAGCGGGUUUUAACAGAGUGCCAGUUGUAGAGUAUUUAUUAGCACAUGGUGCGGAUGUGCACGCCAAAGAUAAAGGUGGGUUGGUUCCUCUCCACAACGCAUGCUCUUACGGCCAUUACGAAGUUACGGAAUUAUUAGUAAAACACGGCGCGUCUGUAAACGUCGCCGAUUUAUGGAAAUUCACGCCGCUUCACGAAGCCGCUGCUAAAGGCAAAUACGAGAUAGUUCGAUUACUUUUGAGACACGGAGCAGAUGCCACCAAGAAGAAUAGAGACGGCGCAACGCCAUUAGAUCUCGUAAGAGACGGGGAUCAGGAUGUAGCGGAUUUACUACGUGGAAAUAGCGCUCUUCUCGAUGCAGCGAAAAAGGGCAACUUAGCUCGGGUUCAAAGGCUGGUUACGCAAGACAACAUUAAUUGCCGGGAUGCACAAGGACGCAACAGUACACCGUUACAUUUAGCUGCGGGAUACAAUAAUCUGGAAGUGGCUGAAUUCUUGCUCGAACGUGGCGCAGAUGUAAAUGCACAAGAUAAAGGUGGUCUUAUACCUUUACAUAACGCGUCGAGUUAUGGUCAUCUGGACAUUGCAGCCUUGCUGAUUAAAUACAAUACUGUAGUGAACGCGACCGACAAGUGGGGAUUCACGCCGCUUCACGAAGCUGCACAGAAAGGUCGUACACAGUUGUGCGCUCUUUUGCUUGCGCAUGGAGCCGAUCCCUUUCUAAAAAAUCAGGAGGGACAAACUCCGGUGGAUCUAGCUAGUGCAGAUGAUGUAAGAUGUUUAUUGCAAGAUGCUAUGGCUUCUCAGCAAAUUGUUCCAUCGGUACCGUCCGGUAACAUGGUGAAUAGUACUGGUGGCAAUUCUGUUAGCAGUAGGCCGCCUAGUAUAGUGUCUGUUCCUGUCACGCCUCCACCGCCUCUUACCCAAGAAACAGUCAUUAUGCCAUCCGGCGCAGCUAUGACUCUAUGCGUGCCAUUGGCUCGUCCGACGUCGUGCUUGAGUCCAAUGCCGCAGAGCGAGCCGUGUUCCGAGAAAGAAUCCAAAGAUAUGUGUAAAGAACAUCAUUCCAUCACAACCGUCGCUAGUUUCCUGCAAAGUCUCGGUUUGGAGCACUUACUCGAGCUAUUUGAGCGCGAGCAAAUCACCUUAGACAUACUGGCGGAAAUGGGUCACGAAGAUUUGAAGCAAGUCGGAGUAUCAGCGUACGGUUAUAGACAUAAACUAAUUAAAGGCAUGGACAAGCUAUUGAAUACAGCAGCGGGCUCUCUCUGGCAGCCUUCCAUAAAUCCCGGAACAUUGUUAGUAGAUUUAUUAGCUGAGGAUAAAGAAUUUCUCGCGGUUGAAGAAGAAAUGCAAAGUACCAUCAGGCAACAUAGAGAUAACGGCCACUCUGGCGGAAUCUUCUCUCGUUACAAUAUAGUCAGAAUACAAAAGGUACAAAAUCGCAAGCUGUGGGAGCGUUAUGCUCACAGAAGACAGGAAGUGGCCGAAGAGGUUGGUGCUGUUGCUCCCGCUUCUCCCAGUACUGGCUCCAGAGGUACUCCCACUUCGACGGUAUCGCAGGCAAACGAGAGAAUGUUGUUCCACGGUAGCCCGUUUAUCAACGCUAUUGUUCAAAAAGGCUUCGACGAGCGGCAUGCGUAUAUCGGUGGAAUGUUUGGCGCUGGUAUAUAUUUCGCGGAACACAGCAGCAAGAGUAAUCAGUAUGUCUACGGUAUAUGCGGCGGUACCGGAUGUCCCGCGCAUAAAGACAGAAGCUGUUACAUUUGUCACAGGCACUUGUUGCUCUGUAGAGUUACGCUUGGAAAGUCGUUUUUACAAUUCUCGGCGAUGAAAAUGGCGCACGCCCCUCCCGGUCACCAUAGCGUAAUGGGCAAGCCAUCGCAAGGUGGCUUGGUGUUCCCUGAGUACGUUGUCUACAGAGGUGAACAGGCGUAUCCAGAGUACCUAAUUACGUACCAGAUCGCGAGGCCUCAGCAAGAAAGUGGCGACAGCGAGAGCGUCGAGGAACGGUGAUCAGAAGAGCCAGGUCCCGCGGCGAGAUUACGCAGUCUCUGUUGCUGUCAGAGACCGAGAGCAUGUAGCACAUUGUCGCGGACAUAAGGCGUGAGUUAUUUUCAACUUGAUUCAUCUAACAGUGGUUCUUCCAUUUUUAACUGACUAGAAUAAAAUUUGCAAAAGUAACAGUAUGUAUGUAUGUAUGCGACUGUGUAUGUGUGUGUGUGUGUGUGUACAAUUGA